GGGAUCCGCUCCGACAGAGGUGACGAUCUCGAGCAACCGCUUCCAUGUCUCCAGGGUGACUUGUCGGGAUCCGACGGGAGGACCGAGUCUUCCAGCGAGCCGGACUCCCCGCGGGCCUUCCACGAGGGACGAGGGCGACCUGCGACCCCGGCAAGCGUGGAGGACUCCGACCUAGAACCGGUCCCAGAGGCAGAGCAGCCCCGGCCCUGGUCCAGAACGCCCCACCGAGGCCGCGAAUCGCGGGACACCGAGACCACGGAGAGGAGAAGCCCUGGGGAGUGUGAGCCUCCUACCACCGGAGACCGGAACCGAGGACCGCGGGUUUGGACCGCCAUCGGGCAGCGCAUUCUUAGCGUGUUCCGCUGCUGCAUGCCACGUGGCUGCUGCAUACGCCUACAUGGCAGCAGGGAGCCUUAGGGAGCUGCAGGCGCCUGUCAGCGUUUUAGAGUGCGCUCUGUGCCAAGAGAUUGCCCGUCAAAACCUCUCCCUUCCUCGCUGCCGGAAGUCUUCUGGGCAGCCGGCUGCUUCGAAAAUA